AUGUCGACUAAGGAUAGCUCAUCAUGUUUCAUUUCUUUCAUAAUUUUAGGGCUGGUAAUAACACUAGCAGGGAUUGCUCCUCAAGUUGAGGCUAGGGCUUUCUUUGUUUUUGGUGAUUCGUUAGUCGAUAAUGGCAACAAUAAUUACCUUGCAACCACUGCCCGAGCUGAUGCACCACCGUAUGGCAUCGAUUAUCCAACUCGUCGUGCUACUGGACGUUUCUCUAAUGGCCUUAAUAUCCCUGACCUCAUUAGUGAGGCUAUUGGCUCGGAAGCCACAUUGCCAUACUUAGCUCCCGAGCUCACGGGAGAAAAACUACUUGUCGGAGCCAACUUUGCCUCUGCUGGAAUUGGAAUUCUCAAUGAUACUGGAGUUCAGUUUCUCAACAUCAUCCGAAUCGGCCGACAAUUGCAAUACUUUCAACAAUACCAGCAAAGGGUUAGUGCACUUAUUGGACCUGAGCAAGCUCAGCGAUUGGUCAAUCAAGCGCUUGUCCUGAUAACCCUAGGCGGCAAUGACUUUGUCAACAACUAUUACUUGGUGCCCUUUUCAGCAAGAUCUCGCCAAUUCGCCCUCCCUGAUUAUGUUGUCUAUCUCAUCUCCGAGUACCGCAAAAUUCUAGUGAGGCUAUAUGAACUGGGUGCACGUAGGGUUUUGGUGACAGGAACGGGACCAUUAGGUUGUGUACCAGCAGAAAGGGCGAUGAGGAGCAGAAAUGGAGAAUGUGCGGUUGAACUGCAGAGAGCAGCUGGCUUGUUCAACCCACAACUUGUGCAAAUGAUAACUGAACUCAAUAGUGAAAUUGGAUCGGAUGUUUUCAUUGCUGCCAAUGCAUAUGAAAUCAACAUGGAUUUCGUUACUAAUCCUCAGGCAUAUGGAUUUGUGACAUCGCAGGUUGCAUGUUGUGGACAAGGACGCUUUAAUGGGAUCGGAUUGUGCACAGUAGCUUCCAACUUGUGCCCUAACAGAGAAAUCUUUGCAUUUUGGGAUCCAUUCCAUCCAACUGAGAGAGCUAACAGAAUCAUUGUUCGAAGUAUCAAGACUGGCGACACCAAGUAUAUGAACCCGAUGAAUCUCAGCACCAUCAUGGCCUUGGAUUCUAGGGGUUUUUUCUUCGAUUCAACUUCGAGUCUUGAUCUACAGCGCUAUGCUGACUGUGAAUGGGAAGGUGACUUCGAUAAUAGGUGA